AUGGCUACUUCAGCAAAGCUGAUCAACCGCGAGGAAUGGAGCACGUUUGCCCCCUCGUUUUUGCAGCUUGCAGCUCAAGGACCGGGAGUCGCUCCUGCUCAUACCAUGGUCGAGCACAUCAACAAAUUGCUGCCUUUCUCGACGGCGACGCUGGUUGUUGAUAUGGGUUGCGGACCCGGACAAGUCACCGACGCUAUACUGCGAGAACAUUCCACAGAGAUCCCGACCGCGGCAAGCGUCAUCGGUGCCGACAACAAUCCCCAAAUGCUUGCGGUGUAUACCGCUCGCAAGACGAACGAGCUCAAAGAAGGGAAAGAGUACUGGGUGCGUGCGGGGACAGCCACAACAGACAUACACGACUGCGACGCAUUCUCCGACGACUCUGUCACCCACAUGUUGGCGGGAUUUGUCGUGUUCCUGGUACCGGAGCCUGCUAGGGCCGUCGAGGCUAUGAGACGAAAGCUCGCUCCAGGUGGCGCGCUUGCAUUUUCUUCAUGGGCGAGCAGCGACUGGCAGGAUCUCAUGUACUACCCGAAGAAAGUGAGGCCGGACCUGGUGAUGCCCACGCCACCCACCGACUGGACGCAACCUGACGGCGUGCGCACGCAGCUGCAACAGAUCGGGGCAUUCACGGACUACGACGAGGUCUGUCGGUUUAUCAUCACCAAGAUGCCACUGGCUGCACGUGUCAUAUCUCAGAUGUCGGACGAGGAGGUUCUCCAGACUCAUGCGCUCAUGGUGUCAGACCUCAAGGCCAAAUACCCUACGGUCCCGGCUGAGAUGGUGGGCACGGCUACGGUGGCGUACUGCCUGAAGUAG